CAAAGUGACUCUUUUCUCAAUUAAUUUAUAGAAUCACAGUACGCUAAUUCUCUCCCUCUCUCACACAAAAUGGACUUUGAAUCUGAGUCUUUGUCUUCCUCAUCACCUUCUUCUUCGUCCCAACUUUCUACAUGCAGUCCAUGCAACCCUACUUCUUGUUCUUCAUCCUCUUCAUCUUCAUCACAAUCCUUGCUUAAAUCCCACAAGCGAAAAGCCGGAAGAAAGAAAUUCAAAGAGACCCGUCACCCAAUCUAUAAGGGUGUUAGGCAAAAAAAUGGUACAAAAUGGGUUAGUGAAGUUCGUGAACCAAACAAGAAGUCAAGGAUUUGGUUAGGUACUUUCCCUACCCCAGAGAUGGCUGCUAGGGCACACGAUGCAGCUGCCUUGGCACUUCGGGGUACUUUGGCUGAGCUCAAUUUUCCUAACUCCGCUUGGCUUGUUCCACGACCCAACUCAUCUUCUGCUAAGGAUAUACAAAUGGCUGCUCAAAAAGCUGCCGAGGCUUUUAAGCCAAGUGAUAAUAAGAAGGAAGAAAAGGUUUUGGAACCUUGUUUAGAGGACACACGAUUCAUGGAAAGAAAAAAGGAGGUUAUCGAGCCUGAAAUAACACUGGAAAUUUUAUGUGAGAGUAAGGAUAAUCCAGAGCAACCUGGGACGUUUUUCUUGGACGAGGAGGCAUUGUUCAAUAUGCCGGGUCUAUUGGAAAGCAUGGCAGAGGGCUUGAUUCUAACACCACCAGCUAGGCAAAGAGGGUUUGAUUGGGAUGAUUUGGGUUGUAACUUGGAUUUGACUUUAUGGACUGACUAGUUAAUUGUUUAGGUAAACAUUGUGCGAGAAGGAAAGUCUUUAAAAAAUUGAAAUCUCCAACCUAAUAAAAAAUUGAGUUUUUUCACUCAAUUUUUUAAGCACAUUUUUCAAAAAAUUUAUUAUAAUUUAAUCAAUUGAGCCUAAUAUUUCAAUUUUAUAAAAAAAGUAAGUCUGAAAAUAUCUCAAAGUAACAAAUUCCCAAAAUCUUGGGUUGGAGUUGGCUACUUGGGUUGAAAACUUUUCCAGCCUGAUCUUAACAAACCCAAGCUUUAGAAAAAAGUUAACAGUCCAACCCAACUCAUCAAUCUACAAUAAACUAACCCAAGAUAUUGGAUUAGGUUGGUGGGUUGAAUGCAAGCUUCUAUUUGUUAAUUCAUAAUCCCUUUCUAGAAUUUUUUUUUCUACAUCAUGAUAGGCAUUGAAUGG